AUGCACGAGCAUCCAUGUGCGACCUCAACGAUCGCGAAGGCAAGCCUGGGGAGGGCACCGGUGAAUGUCAAUCUGGAUACGUUUUAUCAGGGAUGCGGAUGCGGGCCUUCAGCAACUGAAACCACGUGCCUGGCAGAGUUGAAAAGGGUCCUCCGGAACAUCGUUGCAGUCCACAGCGACUUUCCAAGAGCUCCACCUUUGAAUGACCUCUUCAUUGCAGUGAAGACCAGCAGCUUUGUCAGGGACUUUGAGAAGAACCGAGGCGCCGCAGACUUUUCCGUGGGUAAUGGUCGCCAAGCUAGAAUGAUAGCUCAGCAGUUUGGCAGCCAGAGUGGCGAGCUAGUGAAAGCUGUGGUGAUUGCGCAGACCGAAUCUGACUACUACAUAAGCGACGAAGUGCUCGAAUGGUGGAACAUGUCGGAGCCAGAAGCCUUCGAGGUGGCCAUGCGGAACACAGAGCGUGCUACACCAGACCCCUUCAAGAUCAACCAUGCAACGAUGGGAAAGAAUGCACGCAUGAGAGCCUUUUUCAGAAGACAGAAGCAGAACCCCUUUGAGGUCUGCUGCAUGCGCUCAGCUGAUCGGGAGGAGAGGCCUCUCUUCGUCUGGGGAACGUUCCAGGACAAUCACGCUCUUUCCAGACUGAUCCUCCCGCGAGUCAUUGAGAGCUGCGCAGAAGAGCUCCGGUGCUCUGCUACCAGUUUGGUCGUCAUCCCGAUGAAGAAGUGCGAGUUCUUCGUUGGAAACUGCGAGAGCAUGGAGAGCGUGUGGUGGCUCGCUAUUCAGGUGCAGGACAACGCAGAGGUUCUCAAGUCUCGUGGACAGCUUGUUUCUUCAAGGCCUUUCAGGGUCACUCACUUGCGCAACGACCAGGGUCUGGUAUCUCUCGAGCCGUACCCCCUUCUAGGUGGCACGAUUGGACUUGGUCGGUGGGACGGAUCGGUCAGGCGGCUCAUGUUCCCAAUCCCAAGGACUUCAAAAGAGCUGGAGUCUACAGAUCCUGCAAGAGACGGCAGAGUUUUCUACACCUUCAUCGAGGAGUCGAGCUUCCUGUCGGAGAACUGCUGGAAUUGCCGUCAGAAGGUGAGCCCGCUCAUGAAGUGCGCCAACUGCCAGGACGUCAAGUACUGCUCCAAAGAGUGUCAGAAGGAGAGCUGGAACAAGGGCCACAAGUUCGAGUGCGAGGCGCGGAAGAAGGCAGCCGAUCCGGGUUUUGUCGCGCCCGGUUCUCGAAGCGCGGACAGGUUCGACAGAGAGAGCAAGAGAGCGGCCGCGACUGUCGGACCAAGGACGUUCCGCGAGGUGAAGAAGGAGCUGGCCGAAACGGUGCAGAAGAGCUUGGAAAACGUCAGCCUGUGA